AUGCCUGCCGCCAUGGACGCAAAGACUGCCUCUGAGAACGCCAAGUCCGUCAAGGUCCUGGACGACCUCAUGCAGCGUCUCACCAUCUCCAAGGAGGCCGACGCCGUCAAGGAGGCUUCCUCAGCCCUUGCUGGCUUCAUCAACGGCGACAUCGAGGACCUCGAUGUUCCCACCAAGACCAUUGAGGCUCUCAAGAAGCAGCUCGGCAACAAGAAGGAUGCUGCUGCCCGCGAGAAGGCCCUGAGCGCCAUCCAGGCCAUUGCCCAGCACUCCGAGGUCUCCUCUCACGUCGAGCCCUUCCUCGUCGUUCUGCUGCCUAGCGUUCUGGCCGGUGCUGGCGACAAGAUCACUGCUGUCAAGAAUGCCGCCAUCGCUGCUGCCCUGGCCAUUGCCGAGGCCAUCAACCCCAACGCUGUCAAGGCCACUCUCCCCGCCCUGGUCGACUCUCUGCGCAAUGCCCAGAAGUGGCCCGAGAAGAUGACUGUCCUUGACUUCAUCGACACCAUCGUCCGCACUGCCCCUGCUCAGGUUGCCUUCCGUGUCCCUGACUUGAUCCCCGUCGUCUCCGAGGCCAUGUGGGACACCAAGAAGGAGGUCAAGGACCGUGCCUACAAGACCAUGGAGACCCUGUGCUCCCUGAUCGUCAACAAGGAUAUCGAGAAGUUCAUUCCCGAGGUCAUCAAGUGUAUCGCCAAGCCCGAGAACGUCCCGGAGACUGUUCACUUGCUCGGUGCCACCACUUUCGUUACCGAUGUCCACGAGCCUACCCUCGCUCUCAUGGUUCCCCUGCUUGACCGUGGUCUUGCUGAGCGCGAGACUGCCAUCAAGCGUAAGGCCGCUGUCAUUGUCGACAACAUGUGCAAGCUCGUCGACGACCCCAACAUUGUCGCUCCUUUCUUGCCCAAGAUGAUGCCCGGUCUCCAGAAGAACUACGACAACCUGGCCGACCCCGAGGCUCGUGAGAAGACCAAGCAGGCUCUCGACACCCUCGCCCGCGUCGGUAACGUCAAGGACGGCGUCAUCCCCGAGGCUCGCAACGACGGCGACAUUGCCGUCGUCGCCAAGCACUUCUCGGACAUUCUGACUGCCAAGAAUGCCCCUGCCGCCAAGUUCACCCCUGUCGUCGAGUACAUUGCUGCCAUCGCUGGUCAACUCAUUGACGAGAAGGAGACUGAGCCCCUCAGCUGGGUCACCAACCUGAAGCCCUUCGUCACCGUUCUUGUUGGCGCCGAGGCUGCCGAGCCCAUCGUCGAGGCCCUCCGCAAGAAGGCUUCCCCCGGCCUUGCCGAGGAGGAGGAGCUUGAGCCUGAUGAGGAGGAGGGUGAGGACCUGUGCAACUGCACCUUCAACCUUGCCUACGGUGCCAAGAUCCUGCUCAACAACACCACCCUCCGCCUCAAGCGCGGCCAGCGUUACGGUCUGUGCGGCCCCAACGGUUCCGGCAAGUCCACCCUCAUGCGUGCCAUCAACAACGAGCAGGUCGAGGGUUUCCCCAAGCAGUCCGAGGUCAAGACCGUCUUCGUGGAGCACGACCUCGACUCUGCCGAUACUGAGAUGACCACCAUUGACUGGACCAUGAAGAAGCUUGCCGAGGCCAAGGUCGACGUCACUCGCGAGGCUGUCGAGAAGCAGCUCAACGAGUUCGGCUUCAGCGACAGCAUGAUUUCGGGUCUCAUCACUGCCCUUUCCGGUGGUUGGAAGAUGAAGCUGGCUCUGUGCCGUGCCGUCUUCGAGGCUCCCGAUAUUCUGCUGCUCGACGAGCCUACCAACCAUUUGGACGUGAAGAACGUCAAGUGGCUCGAGGACUACCUCAUCAGCUCCCCUUGCACCUCCAUCAUCGUCUCCCACGACUCGGGCUUCCUCGACAACGUCUGCCAGCACAUCAUCCACUACGAGCGCUUCAAGCUCAAGCGCUACCGUGGUAACCUGAAGGAGUUUGUCCGCCGUGUUCCCUCGGCCAAGUCCUACUACGAGCUCGGUGCCUCCGAGAUCGAGUUCUCUUUCCCCGAGCCCGGUUUCCUUGAGGGUGUCAAGACCAAGGCCAAGGCCAUUCUGCGUGCUACCAACAUGCAGUUCCAGUACCCCAACACCCCCAAGCCCCAGAUCACCGACAUCACCUUCCAGUGCUCCCUCAGCUCGCGUAUUGCCGUCAUCGGCCCCAACGGUGCCGGCAAGUCCACCCUCGUCAACGUCCUCACUGGUGAGCUCAUCCCCACCGGUGGUGAGAUCUACCAGCACGAGAACAUCCGUAUCGCCUACAUCAAGCAGCACGCCUUUGCUCACAUCGAUAACCACCUCGACAAGACCCCCUCUGAGUACAUUCAGUGGCGUUUCCAGUCUGGUGAGGAUCGUGAGACCAUGGACCGUGCCAACAAGAUCAUCACUGAGGAUGAUGAGAAGGCUAUGGACAAGGCUUUCAAGGUCGAGGGUAGCCUGCGCCGCGUCAUUGGCAUCCACUCCCGCAGGAAGUUCAAGAACAGCUACGAGUACGAGUGCUCGUUCGCUCUGGGCGAGAACAUUGGCAUGAAGAACGAGCGCUGGGUCCCCAUGAUGACUGCCGACAACGCCUGGCUACCCCGUUCCGAGCUUCUGGCUUCUCACCAGAAGAUGGUUGCCGAGGUCGAUAUGAAGGAGGCCCUCGCCUCUGGCCAGUUCCGCCCUCUGGUCCGCAAGGAGAUCGAGGCCCACUGCGCCAACUUCGGUCUCGAUGCCGAGCUGGUUUCCCACUCGCGCAUGCGCGGUCUGUCCGGUGGUCAGCGUGUCAAGGUCGUUCUCGCCGCCUGCUCGUGGCAGCGACCUCACUUGAUCGUUCUUGACGAGCCUACCAACUAUCUCGACCGUGACUCCCUCGGUGCCCUGUCCAAGGCCCUGAAGAAGUUCGAGGGUGGUGUGAUCAUCAUCUCUCACUCUGCCGAGUUCACCAAGGAUCUGACUGAGGAGGUCUGGGCCGUCCUUGACGGUAAGAUGACCCCUUCCGGUCACAACUGGGUCCAGGGCCAGGGCUCUGGUCCCCGCCUCAAGGCCGGUGACGACGAUGAGGAGGAGAAGUUCGAUGCUAUGGGCAACAAGAUUGUCAACACAAAGAAGAAGGCCAAGCUGACCUCGUCCGAGGCCCGCAAGAAGAAGAAGGAGCGCAUGGCCCGUCGCAAGCGUGGUGAGGAGGUUUUCUCUGAUGAGGACGACAUCUAA